AUGGAGCUGGAUACAGUAAGGUCUCUGCUGGAAGACAUUGAAGUGAUUGAAGAUGCCAUCUCUUCUAGAUUUCAGAGAAAUCCAGAGUUAUAUUACGACUAUAGAAUUCAUCUAGAGGGUAUUAGAGACGAUAUACCGAAGCUGGGAUUGGAUGACGACAGGAUGGUUAAUAAGAUAUACAAAGCUAGGAAGCACAAGAGGACAUUGAAACAAAAGAGAACCCAACAGUAUGAGAUAAACACCUUCCUAGACGAUAUAUUCAAGAAGAAUAAGUAUAUUUUGAAAGUCAGAAAUCAGUUAAAAAGUGAUGGGUUGAAGUAUAAGGACUCUGAGUGCAAAUUUGAACUGUUAAAGAAAUUGCUAGGUGAUGAACCAACUGAAGACGAAGACGAAGACGACUCUAUCUCCAAAAGUAAUUCUAGCAGAUUACUUGAUAUUGAUGAAACCAUUAAUAGGUAUAAUAUGAAUCUAGGUAAUGGUAAGUUGGUCUCUGAGAGAUGUUCUUUGCUUGAUAUCAAUACAAUUUUCCAGAAGGAUGAGCAAGAUGGAUUUAUUAUAGAUUUUGAACCGCUAUACAGAAGAUGGCUGAAUAUUGUCAAGGAUGGUACCCUCACAUAUCCGAAAUUUAUAUCUAACUUGGAGAAAUUUAUUGAUGACAAGAAAUAUUUAUUGGAUCCCGUUAUGGACCGCAAGACAAAGGGUUACUGUGAGUUUGUGGUAGAGGCCUGUGACUUUGUUGAGACGCAAUACUUCAAAAGAAAUAUUUUGUUAAAUGAGGAGCAAAUAAAGGGUAAAUUGCAUCGUGAUUUUGAAAACCAUGUUACGAAAGCAAUUAUUACAGAGUCAGGUAUCUAUUACUGCCUCUAUUGUGAUAAGAUGUUCAAUAGCGCACAUAUAUAUGAUAGCCACCGGACGGGCAAAGCUCACUCAAAAAGUGUGAGCAACUACCACGAUUCUUUCAGAGCUGAGUUCAAGUUGCAUGUAUACGUGUCUUGUAUGCGAGAGGAGUUUGAAAACACAAAAGAGUAUGUAGACAGAAAGAUGGCGUUCACUAACAAGGAGAGACUGGAAGAAAUGGAGAAACUAACACAAGAGUACCAUAGGCCCGUCUAUGACCCUACCGAAAAGGAAGGUGAUGUAGAGGAAGACAAUAGCAAAUCCAAAACAAAGGAUGAACUCAAAGAAAUGCUGGGGCUUGGUGAAGACAUGCCACUUGGACCAGAUGGAUUGCCUAUUCCAUACUGGCUAUACAAACUACAAGGCCUGGACGUGGGCCAAGAGUGUGAGAUAUGUGGAAACCAGGUGUACAAGGGCCACAAGAACUUCGACAAGCACUUUAGCGGGCCAACACACACCUACCACCUCAAGUGCCUCGGUAUAGAGCCGUCCAGUGCCUUCCAAGGUAUCACGAAGAUCAAAGAAGCCCAGGCCCUUUGGAAACAAAUGCAGCGCAACACUACACAAGAGCUAGCCGAAGAAGUCGAAGACAAAGAAGGCAACGUCAUGAGCAAAGAUAUAUACGAAGAACUAAAGAAACAAGGCCUGGUGUGA